AUGGUCUCGCACGCCGUGAAGGUGCUGCCGAUGUUCCAUUCGGACACGGCCACGGUGGAGAAGGCGCGGGACUUCUGGGAGCUCUUCGAGGACCACACGGACAGUUUCCCCGACCGGUCCAGAUUGCUGGUGUUCCGUCAGAAGCUGCGAGGCCGCGAGGCUGGCCGGUGGUGGAACAACUCGAGGAUCAAGUCGUUCAGGACGCUCAAGGUGCGGUUCCAUAACCAGUUCCUCAGCCGGACGGCUGACGAGCUGUGGGAGCUGCUAGAGAACACGAAGAGGCAGCGCGGAGAGUCCGUGGAGGAGUGGGGUGACCGAGUCUCGGACCUGUGCGGGUCCCUCGACUACCCGAAUCCGCAGAUGCGGUACCAGCUCUUCCGCCGAGGACUGCGGAACAAGCGCAUGCUGGCGACCUUGGACGCGAGUCCCGCGUCGGACAUUCCGGAGGCGUGCGAGUGGCUCAUGUUCAAGGACAUGCACCGUCCGAUCGAGGAGGAGGACGAGUUCUCGGACAGCGAGUCCAAGAAGAAGAACAAGAAAUCGGAGGAGGCCCCCGCGACGACUGCGGUCGAGGCCCUCGCUGAGCAGAUGAAGUCGUUCAUGGAGCAGCAACAACAGUGGCAACAGCAACUUAUGCAGCACCAGUCGCCUCGCAAUCGAGCACCGGUAGUGGCCGCCACCCCUGCCACUCAGCCCGCUGGAAACGGUCGUGGACCAGGGAACGCUCAGCCAUUCCGGGGCAUUCGGAUGGGCGAUGAUAGUCGCACGCAGGACGGUUCGCCUGUGUGUGGUCGCUGUAACUUCAUGGGACAUGGUCGCGCUACAUGCAAGCGCGCGUCGAUGAGCUGCAGGCGCUGUGGCGCGUUUGGUCAUAUCGCGGUCGAGUGUGACAGGCCCCAGAACGGUGGAGGCCAGACUGCAGCCGCUGGGGGUACUCAAUCUCCGUCUGGUUGUGUUUUCUGCCAAGACGCGAGCCACUCCGUGAUGCAGUGCCCCGUAUUGGCCGCGCUUCGUGAUGCGACUCCGAGUUUGCUGAACGCGGCCGCCCAGAGCAAUCCGACCCCUCGACAGUGA